AUGGAAAGUUUUGGAGAUGAAUUUUCCAAAUGUGUAAAGAGAAUUUUCGAGAAUCAACAAGAAAAUUUUGAACAAUUCAAGACAAUGAUGUUCAAUUUGGAUCAAUACCUCUCCAGAGAUCCCAUCAACUGCGACUGUUUAUUAGAAAGUUUGUUAGAAAAUUACUUGGAACUACUUUCGUCUGAAAUUCCACAAGAGGAAAAACCAACUUUCAUCACUCACCAAAUCAAUCAACUCUACCAAGAUUUAUUUCUCUACUUUCAAACUAUUUGUAAUGAAUAUCUUGUUUCGUAUCUCCAUAAAGUCAGAGGUUUCGACCAUCACGAACAUGAAUUCAAGGAAAUUCCACAAGAUUUGGUAAUUGAAAAACCAUUUACGAUUAUCGAGUUGUGUUCUAAUCAUUUGAGAGAAAAUGAAUUGGUAAAUCAGAAUUUGAAAGAAAAAUUUAGUCAAUUUAAGGAAAGAAAGAAGAAUCGUUCACUUGAAGUUUCGUAUAAAGAUUUGAAAAGCUCAUUCACAAGAUUUGGUCAUGAAUUUUCAGAAAGCUUUGAAAAUUUAUUGACUUCCUUCCAAAUGCAUGAAAUGGUGAGAAAUGUAAAGAAGGAAUUGGAUCAUUGUAAAAGUAUGAGUCAAGAUUCGAAUAUGGUUUCGGUUUUUUCCAAACCACCAUUAUCCUAUGUUUUCUGCUUGGAUGGAAACGAGCAAAAUGUUUCAAAAUUGUGUCAACUGUUGAGUAGAAACCAACCUGAAAUAUUCGAAUUGAAAGAACUGAUAUUGAACAAGUUUGAUAACGAUGGAGUUUGUGAAAUUCCAAUCGAAUAUUUGAGACAAGUUUCUUUCGAAGAGGAAUGUAAAAUAUUUGACAGCCCUAUUAGAAAUAGUAAUCAGGAAAAGAAGGUAAAUUCUCCAAAAACUGAAAAACAACGAAAAACGAAACAUGGAGAAACAACACCGAAACGAAAGCUCUUUGCGAUCAAGAAAGAUCCUUCUAGAGAAUUGAGAGAAUUGGAUUUAUUAGAAAAGGAAGUUGAACAGUUGGAAGAACAGGCUAAAGAACAUCAAGAAAUAUUCGAAAGGUGUCAAGCUUUGAAAGAUGGUAAUACGAAACAUAGUAUUCGAAAGGAUAUUCAACUUAAAAUGGAAGAACAAACAGUUAAGAAUAGAUUGGAAACUAUUAUUACUAUGGGAUAUUCAUGUCUUGCUUUGUGUUCCAUUUACAAGUGUGAAUCGUAUAGAAAGAAACUUUCGAACAAAUUGGAAGAAUUAUCCAAGUCUCUAAUUUCUCCAAUUAUUGAAGAAUUUGACAAUAGCCAACUAAUUGUUGAUUUAGAGAAUAUCAUUUUCGAACAUUCUUACUAUUUAGGAUAUCAAAUUCCUUCACUUUUGACAAGACUCUACAGUGAUUUAAACUGUUCCAAAUUCAAAGGAUAUCAAAGAUUAUACAAGCAUCUUGAGAUUAUCCACUCAUUUCCUCCAAACGAAAUUAUUGACCUUUCUCCAUUGAAUGUUGCCGAAAUGUUAAAACUUUCCACAAGAAAACUUCAAUCCGAUUUGGAAAUUCUAACACAAGUAAGACAUUUCAAAUCCAUUUCCCUAUACAACUCUCACGAAACUAGUUGUAAUAUUGUAAACUCCAUUACAACUCUUUGUAAACUUUCAAAAUAUCAAAGUUUGAUAAUUUUGAUUUUGACAGAAUUUAACACAAUUCAAGUGAUGACUGAAUUGUUGAGAUUGACAUUGAAACAUUUUGAUUCGUUUAAGGAUUAUAUUCAAUGCUUGUUGGAAUUCUUUAUGGAAAUGGCGGGAAGAAUGUUUAAUCCAGAAGUUUACAAAGUUUCGAAUAAGAAAGUGGAGUUAACAAUGGAAAAGGAAAGUGAAAUUUUGAAAAAUUGCUUGGGUUCAACUUCAUUUGCAUUUAGUUUAAUUUUAUGUUUGAGUGAAUCGGUUGAAAAGUUGAAUUGGAAUCAAAGUACUGUUUAUGAUUUGAAUUGUUUCUUAUCCGAUUCAUUGAAAAGUCUUUCGAAUAAUGAUGAAGAAACAAUGUGUAUACAAAUAGCCAAGGAUUCUUCCUUCUUAUUGACUUUCCUUUUAGAAAAUGACUGUCUAACAAGUUGCUUGAAUAAUUGUAAUAGAUUAGAAAGACUUCUUCCAAUGACAAUUGUGAAAAGUUCAAGAUUUUACAGGAAUUUAGAAUUGGGAAGACAAAUUCUCAAGUUGAUGAAUGUUUCUUCCAGGAAAAUACACUAUUCAAGUAAUGAUGGUCAAUUAAUGGAAGAAUCGAAUAGUGACGAUCAAGUUUCUUCUAAAAACGAUAAGAAACCAUUCGAUGUCUCCUUCAAAUCAAAUGAAUUCCUUGAUAAUAUUCAAAUUGAUAGAUGGAAAUUCAGUUAUCGUGAAAUUUUCAUGGAAAACGAUGCACCUCCUAUUCUUUUAAUGAUUCUUCACAAAUUUAUCCUAAACUAUUUGGACGAUAAUACUGGUAUAAUGCAAGAUGAGAAAUUGGAAUUGGAUAAUUUGAAGAAUGAGGCAUGUAGAAUACUUCCAGUUAUUUCUCAAAGUUUACUUUCUUUAUUAGAAACUGAAUUGUCCACUGUGGAAUCAAACGAAGAAUGUAAUUCUCCAAGAAGUGUUGAUUCUUCUGAUUUUCUUCCACCUGAAGAUGAAACUAAUGUUCACGAAACAGAAGACCAACAAAUCAGAAGAGAAAUUUACACGUGCCUAAUUUACAUUUUACUUCAAUGUCUAUUCCUUGAAAGAUCUGAACAAAAUCUGAACCAAGAUUCUCCAGAAUUUGAUCUCUUCUCAAUUGGCUGGUUUGAACUUGUUCGAUUGAUGAAACAAUCUCCAGAAUUCAAACUUUGUGUGAACAGGCAAUUUACACAGAAUAUUUACAUGAAAGAAUUGAACUUUCUUCAUUUAAUGUUGAUGGCAAGCGGUGAUAAAUUUAUUCUAUUGAGAGAUGAUUAUUCAGUUCAAUCAAUUCAAGAGAAUGAAAGCAAUGAGAAGAGAAGAUUGGAUAAGGAAUUGAUGAGAUAUGAUUCGAAUUGUUUGAAGAACUUGCAAGCAUUUCUUAAAGAGUAUAGACAAGAUUAUCCACUUAUUGAAAUAGAGGAGGCAUAUGAACAAGACCAAUUGGUUGUAUCUCCUUAUGAAUUGGCAUUGUUCUCACUCAAGAAGCAACGUUUUCACACCAAAACACUUGAAAGUGACAAGGCAAACCAUGUAUCAAGAAACAGCAGUGUUCUCUCCCUUGUGGAAACAUCAUGUCUCAAGUACACGAAUGAAUUCUUCAAGCAUUAUGAUAGUUUGGGCGUGUUUGAUGAUAAUCAAAUAGAAGAGCAUGUUCAAAUUGAAAAGCAUGCUUAG